AACGACUCUCAACCUACUAAACAUGGCCCACGACAAUAAUGCCCUUAUAACCCUAACAUCUACCUCAGCUAGUCAACUGGCGAAGAAGCGAUAGCAGAAGAGAGAAGAGGUGGGCGUAUGUCCUUGAACAGGAAGGUUGUGUGAAGCGAUGCCAGGCCCUGGUCCUCAUAUGAUGUAUACCCUGGGAUCAGGGGUGGGUCUCAUGAGCGUUUCCCAUGGAAGGUUCAGUCCUCACCACUGCCUCUUUUACGGUAUCAACGCCUUCCUGGGUCCUGACCUUGGCUCCUUCUCUGAGUGGCUCACUUCCACUCUUGGCGUCGCCGAGAGCUUUGGUUCUCUAAUCAUGGACGCGAUUCACCACCCUUUCUACUACGUUCUACUUCUUGGCCUUCCCUUGUCUCUGUUUUACAGUUGGCUCUCCAGAAUCUUACUCCAAAAGGGGAUACUCGAUUCUGUUUCUGGGAUAUCACUUACUAGAAGGCAAUGUCUGCUAUUAGUGUCUGCAGGCUCUUUAUCACACUUUUUCUUGGAUCAUUUGUUUGAGGAAAAUGGCCAUUCCUCGAUGUAUUUGUGGAUAUUGAGCACUGGUUGGUGGAAAAGUCGAGCUCCUGUUAACCCUGAUGCUGUUGUUGUGGUAGGAUUCUUGUGUUCUUGCUUCAUAGGAGGGUUCAUUUACAUCAACAGGGUGAAGACUGUAAAGUUUCGAUCACAAUCAGCUCAAUCUAUUAGACUUAUUUUAGUCAUUGCAAGCUUAUAUUGCCUGUGGUGUACAAGUCAGAUAUACUGGAGAAAUCCUCCUCAGCCACCAGUUGGUGAGGAAGCAGAUCUGGGGGUUCUAGUUUUUCUUGCUAUAUAUUUUUUUCUUCCCCACUCUCUAUGUAUCUUCUCAAUGAACUCAAGAGACUACCACAACGGGACAGAGCAGCUCCCUCUUUAAUAGACUAAUAGUCUUAAGAGACUACUGGCUUUCCUCUGCUUAAAAUACCUCCAUUUGUAAGAACAAGCUUGGUGUGCCAAAAAAAUAGAGUCCCUUCGUCGGCAGGCAGUAGUUGUUGAGAAGCUCCUUCUCCCUCUGUUGAGUGUAUUCUUUUCUUUUGAUGAUACUGUUGGAAGUGUAUUCUGAUCA